UUUUACCAAUUUCCCUAUAUCAAAAAGCCCUAAUUUGGGUUCUCAAACUAACAUUCGCAGAAAUUGACGAUGACGAGCUCAUCACCCAAAUCAAACCUUUGCCAGGCUUGCCAGGCUGUGAUUACAGACACUGGGCCACCACCGCGCAAGCGGAGGAUUGAAUUAACGGCCGCAGCACCUGAACCAGACAAAGACGGUUUAGCUCCUACAGCAGAUGAUGAAUCCUCUGACGAAGAAGAUUCAACUUUGAGCAGAGAGUACACUCGCCAACUUCGCGAGUCCGAUGGAUUCGAUGUUGACGUAACUAAUCCAGUUGAGUCAUUCUCUAUGCACAAAAUGAAAAAGAACGAAACAGGUUACUUUCGUGACCUGACUGAUAUUUAUGCUAGACUUGGACUCCACUGCUACAAUUCUCACAAGGGCACCAACUUCCAGCUGUCAAGAGUAGACAAAUUCGUUAACUAUGGAAUUUUCCAUUAUUACAUAACCUUGGAGGCCACGGAUCCGGCAGUCGACGGUUCCUGUUUCACUUUCCAGGCGAGUCUUUUUAGAGAUAACCCUGUAAAUGAAGCAGGCUUCAGAAUGAUGACCGAAGGUUGUAGGAUCAAACCUGAAACUCCAGGUACUGGAGAAGUCAUUAGUCAAUGGGGGUACAAUGAUGGAAUUGAUGAAGUUUACAAAGGCAGUCUCCCUAAUUGGUAUUCGUAUGAUGCAUUGAUGCCACUCAAUGACCAGUUUUAUCAUGUGCAAGAUUCAGACAUUCUUGAAAACGAUUGGCUUAAUUUGUAUGCCGAAGUUGCCAUGUAUGCGCUGCAGGAAAACGACAGCAUGUCCUUGUUCGAGUCUUGGCUGCCUCUGGAGAUCAAUAAGGUCGUUGUGCAGACUUUUGAAGAUGUGAAGUCAAAGGAAAAGCUCAAGGCCGCGAAUGCAAUCUUCUACUUCAGUUUCAAGAACUUGAAUGCUCCUCCUCAUGGUCUGUGCCAGGAUCACAGAGUCAUCAUAAGAAGAACCACUGAUGGGCUUCCAGGACACAUUUGUCUUGACAUUAACUCUUGCACCGGUCGUAAUAUUUUUAAGACUCUACCUCAGUAUCGAUAAGACUGAAUAUUCAUCUCCUCUGUUUUUCUUUUGUUUGGUGUUUCAGUUUAAUCCAGUACUUAAUAACUAAUCUGUUAUGCCUUAAGUUUGUUACUAAUUCUCCUCAGUUUUUUUUUUUA